AUGUCUUUGCAAAGGUGUUUUGCCAAAUGUGGGCCCACUUUACGGCGGACCAACUUUUCCAAUGCGGCCGUUCUUCGUCGAGCCAGGCCAGGAAAGCAGAAGAUGAUAAGAACCACCACAAGAACGAUACGACCACGAAUACGAGUAAGCACAAGCUACCAACAGUACCGGACAUUCCACGCAACAAAACCCCCACCAGCCGCCGCCGAACAAUCCACGCCCAUCAACCUAUCCAGCUUCACACCUGACCUUAUUCGCUCCUUUUCCAUCAUCGCCCAUAUUGAUCAUGGCAAAUCAACCCUGUCGGACAGACUCCUCGAACUCACCCGCACCAUUCCUCAGCAGCCUUUGUCAUCAGCGUCAUCUUCGUCUGGCCACGCCAAUCCCAACCAGGGUCCGGCAAGGAACCAACAAGUUCUCGAUCAACUGGCCGUCGAGCGUGAACGAGGGAUUACUGUCAAGGCGGUUGCAGUGAGCAUGUUCUACACCUCCCAAUCAGGAAUAACCUACCUACUCAACUUGAUUGACACACCCGGGCAUGUAGAUUUCACCACCGAAGUCCUGCGCUCAUUGUCAGCCACACAAGGGGCGAUCCUGCUGGUAGAUGCGACCCAAGGUGUCCAGGCCCAGACUCUGGCCGUCCUGCAAGCCGCCCGAAGACGCCGACUGACGAUCCUACCGGUGCUCAACAAACUCGACUUGCCCUCCGCCGAGCCGGAGAAAGUGGCGCUCCAAGUCGGCCGAUUGCUCGACGACUCGCGCCCCGACGAAGACAUCAUCAAAAUCAGCGCCAAGACCGGCCAGGGCGUCGAGGACUUGUUGGAAGCCUUGGUCGCUAAGCUGCCUCCGCCCGUCGCCGAUCCAAAUCGCCCCCUCCGCGCAUUCGUCUUCGAUUCCUGGUUCGAUCAUUUUCAGGGCGUCGUCUCCCUCGUCUCGAUCGCCGAUGGCAGGAUCCAAAAAGGCGACAAAAUCAAGUCUUUCAAGACCGGCAAGACCUUUCAAGUUGCCGACUGUGGAAUCAUGCACCCUCAUCAGCUCUCCCUCCCAUCAGGACUGCAUGCCGGUCAAUGUGGCUGGCUGACCUGUGCGAUGAAGAAUGCCAAGGAAGCUAUCCUAGGAGACACGUUUUAUGCCGCCAAAACACCAUUGACGGAAAUCGAGCCGGUUAAUCGGAGCAUCGAGACCCGCCAAUCGAUGGUUUUUGCCGGCCUUUAUCCGAUCGACAGCAAUGCUUUUGACCGAUUGGCCGACGCUAUCCAACGACUUGUACUGAAUGAUCGAAGCGUGACUGUGAAUAAGGAGUCUAGUGUGGCCCUAGGUCAAGGUUUCAGAUUAGGGUUUUUGGGCACCCUGCACAUGGACGUUUUCCGGCAAAGGUUGAAUGAUGAAUAUGCCAGCGAGGUGAUCAUCACUCGACCCUUCGUCCCACUCCAACUUGUCAGCAAGGGCAAGACCUCGAUGAUCGAGAAGCCAAUCGAUUUCCCCAAUGUUCGUAAUCGGGCUGAUGGCGUCAAAGUCUUUGAGCGAAUCAUUGAUGGGACGAUUAUUGUACCGGAUCGAUUCACAGGACCGGUUAUGGAGCUAUGUUCAUCUCAUCGGGGGAUCCAGCAGACGUUCGAGUACAUCGCCGCGCCCUCGUCAGAGACGAAGAAGGAUGGCGAGGUGGUAUUGGAAGGGGACGAGCGAUGGGUGGAGAUCCGAUACAAGAUCCCGCUCUCCGAGAUUGUCACUACCUUCCACUCCACUCUGAAGUCUCUCUCGUCGGGCUAUGCCACCUUCGACUACGAGACCCCCGAGGGCGACGAAGGCUUUGUCGAGGCCGACCUCGUCAGAGUCGAUAUCGUCGUCAAUAAGAGCUCGCCCAUCGACGCCUUCGCCACCGUCGUCCAUCGCGAUCAUGCGCUCAGAGAGGCUAAGGCUAUCCUCUCCCGUCUCAAAUCUGUCAUCCCUAGACAACAGUUCGAAAUCGCCUUGCAAGCAGCAAUCGGCUCUAAAAUCAUUGCUAGUGAAAGGAUCACGGCUGUUAGGAAAGAUGUGACCGCUGGUUUAUACGGGGGACAUUAUGAACGAAAGAUGAAACAUCUACAAAAACAGAAAGAAGGUAAAAAGAAGCUGAGGUCGUUGAGUAUUGGCAAAGUUGAAAUACCCCAAGAGGCCUUUUCAGCCGUCUUGAGUGUUGAUGGAAAAGUAGCAGCAAGUAAUAAACGCAAGUGA